CCGGAAGGAAUCUGGGUGGAGCCAACUAUGAAAGCUUCGGAGCAGAGGGGGAGGGGAAGCCGCUACUAGCAACUAACCUCAGCUUCCUAAACUCAGCAGAAAGGUCGGAAGCAUUGUUAGAAAGGCCAGGAUCCCUGUGAUUCUGUCUGCCCGCCAAAGACAGACGAAAACCCAAGUUGUGCGAUGCAGCUUUAAAGGGGCUGGUGAUUGACAGAAUGUGUAGCAGUGGAUGGGGUGGAGCCGCUGGGUGGGGUCUGGGACCGGCAGCUGGGAGAAACCAAAAGGAAGAAAAAAGAAAACCAUUGCCCCUGAUAUCGCUAAUGCGGGGCGGGGGAAGCUAGCUAGACAGGGAGGAAAAGGAGGGUUUUAGAGCUCACCUCCACUCCUACCCACGGUCAACUCUCUCAAACCCUUCUGUGUCCUUUUGAGAUAUUUAAAAUCGAGUAUACACCGGCCCUAGUCGGUGCCCAUUCCCUCUAACUCUCCACUGAACUAGGUUUGUAGUACAAGGGAGUGAGGACCCCGAGUCCAUCAGCUCAACCCCAGCCCCGCCUCGUUCGUUGGCCCUGGCCCCGGGCUGGAUGAAGAGGAUGCCUUCGGAGGCGCAGAAUCCGAAACCUGAAAUUUAUUCUUCAUGACAGAAGGACAACAACAACAAAAAAGAAGAAAAUGGAAGGAGCAGCUAUGUUGCUGGUGUUUAAGAGAUGACUGAGGAAGGAGGUAUGUAAAAGCGAGAAGAAGGUUGUUUCACCAGCUGGUACUAAAAAACGACUGCAGGCUUAAAUAGUCAACAUUGUACACCUCUCUUCCUUCACCACUACCUUUCCUGCUACUCCAUUCUUCUAUCAUCAAGGAACAAUACAGCUACAUACAAUUAAGAGAUAUGGAUCAAUUUAUAAACAGUUUGGAGGUCCAACUUAAUUCAGAAAGUGGCUCGAUGCCUGUAUUGAAACAGGUCACUGACCACAUUCAGAUCAGUGAUCCCCUAAAGACAACAGACAAAGAUAAUGUGACAUCUCCACCACUCCUGGAUGCCAACCCCAUGGAGAACCCAUCACUUCUUAAUGACAUCAAGAUUGAGCCACCAGAAGAACUUCUGGCUAGUGAUGUCAACCUGCCCCAGGUGGAACCAGUCGACCUCUCCUUUCACAAGCCCAAGGCUCCUCUUCAGCCUGCCAGCAUGCUGCAAGCUCCAAUACGUCCUCCCAACCCACAGUCUGCUCCUGUAGUGUCCACGUCAACAGCUGACAUAGGCACUUUAACAAGCAUCCCUACCGUUCUGACUUCAGGCCCUAUCCUGGCCUCCUCUCAGGGCUCUGGUGGCCCACAGAUCUUACAUGUGAUUCACACUAUCCCCUCAGUCACUCUGCCAAAUAAGAUUGGUGGCCUGAAGACCAUUCCAGUAGUGGUGCAGUCUCUGCCCAUGGUGUAUACUACUUUGCCUGCCGAUGGGAACCCUGCAGCCAUUACAGUCCCACUCAUUGGAGGAGAUGGCAAAAAUGCUGGAUCAGUGAAAGUUGACCCAGCCUCCAUGUCUUCACUGGAAAUCCCAAGUGACAGUGAGGAGUGUGCAAAUGAGAGUGGAUCCUUGGCCUUACAAGGUAUUCAGGGACUACAGCAAGAACCAGCAGCAAUGACCCAAACGCAGGGAGAAGAGUCCCGUGACUUGAAGAGAAGACGGAUCCACCAAUGUGACUUUGCAGGAUGCAACAAAGUGUACACCAAAAGCUCUCACCUGAAGGCCCACCACAGAAUCCAUACAGGAGAGAAGCCUUAUAAAUGCACCUGGGAUGGCUGUUCCUGGAAAUUUGCUCGCUCAGAUGAGCUCACCCGCCAUUUCCGCAAGCACACGGGCAUCAAGCCCUUCAGGUGCACAAACUGCAACCGUAGCUUCUCUCGCUCUGACCACCUGUCCCUGCACCGCCGUCGCCAUGACACCAUGUGAGCAGCACAGUCCGCACUAGAAGAGCUGCUCUGGUCUCAUUCCUGUAUAUGAGCUGGUUGUGACCAUCUUUUCCUCUUUGAUUUCAGCUUGCCUCUGAGAUGGGGUUGGUGCAGCUCACUGAGCCAGGUUAAGCCUGGAGGAAAAGAUAGCUGGCUUCCUAUGGGGGCUCCUCAUAUUCCAUCUUCACCUCUUCACUAUCCAGUCCCCAGUUUUCUUGACCUCUACAUGGGUUGAAUAAAAGCGCAGCACCCAUGAUCUGCGAUAGGACAUUUUUCCUACAAUAACAAAACAGGAAUCAAACUCAAGGCUGUGAACAAACAUACGCUGCUUUUUUUCCUGGUUUUUUUUUCUCUUGUUUUCUAGAAUUCUUAUCCAUAUAUAUAUAUAUAUUUUUUGAAUCAGUGCUUAAAAGUGGUUGGUAAUAUUUUAAAUUGACUUUUUCCAAGUUCCUAGAUGGAAGAGGGGAUAACAAUUAUAGUUGGUUGAUAGGAUUUACACGGAUUUGGGUCCUGAGUAUAGGACACAUUCUCAGUGAAUAAGCUGAGUCUCAUACAAAACUCAAAGGUUUUGUAAAUUCAAUCCUAUUUGUUCUUACAGUUUGGUUUUCAGACAGUGCUGGUGCUUCUGCUUCUUAAGUCCAUGGAAAGGAAUGAAUGGAUCUUGUCUUUCUUUAUCCUUCUUCCUCUCCUUCCUCCUUCAGAAUUAAAGAUUUUACAGCACAAUCAUAUUCUUUGUUAGGUUAAAUUUGGACAAGUAAUCAAAGCACACAUCGACAUGCCAGUAGGAUGAAAAGUGUUCCAGGAGAGUAUGUUGGGCAGUGACAGGAACAAGUAGAAUCAAAAUAAUUCUGAAAACAAAUAGAGUGGGCCUUUCAUUUGGAUAGGAUACUAAAUGUGCUGUGAUCACAAACCUCAUUCAAAUGGCAGCCUGUUCAGACAGUGUCUUGAGCGGCUGCACCUGUACUGUUUAUUUUUUUGUUUACAUUAAGCAACUGUUAUGAGCAUAUUGCAUGUUGAGAAAUCACACACUGGGGCCAUUUUAUACAAAGGUGAGGGGUUGUAAGAAAAGUAUUUGUUCAUUCUGUGGCAUUAUUAGCAUGCAUUCUUGUGUUUUAAAUGGAAUAUAAGAGGCUUUUAGUAAAAACUGAAAUACAAAAAGCAACUUGAUGUUUUGCAACUGCUAUGAGCACCUAAGCCAUUUCUUUUAGCCAUUAUAGCACAUUGCAUAAUAUACACAUUUGAUUAACCAUUGUGACUGUUUUAUAAUAGUCUCUGGAACAUAAAACACUGUGUUCCAGGCCCUGGACCUCAGAUCUACCUCCACAUGGCUUAUUUCCUCUCUCCUGGAGGAGAGGGAGGUUUGCAUCACUUAACUUUGGACUAAGCCUCUCUCCUAAAGGUUGUCUUCAUAUUGAACCCCUUUUCCUUGGCAGAUAUUCAACCAGACCCUGUUUGAACACUUUAAGUUACUACCUCCCAAGGCCGUCCAUUCUGACUAAAUCAUAGAAUUCUAGCACCAAUAAGAGAUCCUAUUAACCAUUUAGUACUACCCAUCAUUCAUAUUUUACAGAUGAGAUAAAUUACAGGUCAUAUUCUUUCCCCAGAUGUUUUCUUAAGGACUUAAUAGACCUGUACAUCUAUUCUCCCAGGGAUCAUAUUAUUAAAACAAAUUAAAGAAAACUACAUGAUUAGUUGCAGUAUUUGUCCAACUUUAUAUUUUAUGCUCCAGAAAACCUUAGACCACUCACAAAAUAAUUUAGGGUUGAUUAAAUAGUAAGUAAAAUGUUCUUGUGGUCACCGACAUAUAACAUUAGGUACACAAUUUUUCUCUUCUAACACUUUCUAUAAUAUCUGAGAUUUUAUUUACCUCAUUUCAACAUGCAAUGUCUUUCCAGACCGUAAACCCUCAUAAAUUGAAGGACUGCCUAUAUUUUUCACAAUGACAUGUGGAUUUUUACUAUUAUCAUUGUUAUUUUUAUAUAGACUUUUCCCUGACUUUUGGUGUGCAAGUUCCACACUGUAGACUAAUUGUUAACGCAGUAGGACAUAUCUAGGGCCAGUCUGUCAAAGGGAACUUCUAUGUAGCUCUAAGACAUAAUGUGAAUUACCAUCAUAAUUGGUUUAAGCUUAUAAUAGAGUAAUUGAGAUUAUAUUUUACAGUAGAGUCCAAGGACUUACCCGUUUUCUCUGGACUUUGGGUCCUCAGACUCCCUUUUUCAGAGUUCAUAACUAUUCUGCGCCCUUAGACUCAGGAUCUUUUGCAUUGGAGUAUAUACUCUAUUAAUAAAUAAAAGCUAUCAAACAUGCUAUACUAAGAUGAUCAAAUUAAAAUUCCAAAUAUUGGUAUGCCUGACAUCGCUAAGCUUUCAAAAAUUUUCCUGCAGUGUGGGACUUUGUCAAAUUCUUUGUUAAUUGUCUACAGUCAGGAAACAAUUCUAAUCCUAUUCUUAUUCCCCUCUCCCCUCCAAAUAAUGAUAAAAUUAUUCCACUCACUUACAUAUUCCUUAAGAAAUAUGUGAAAAUUUAUUAAGAGUAUUUCAUAGAGUAGAGGGAUACAAAUACAGUACAAUACAGUACUGCACCAAAAGCACAUAGAGUUUUGCUAAUAGUGAGAUUAAAAGGAAAUGUCUCUCUUAGAUAGCAUUUGGGAUUAAUUGAAUAGGCUGUGCUCACAACAGCAAAGCACCAUUGUGUGGACAAUUGCCUAGGGCAUGGAAAAUGGCCUUGUUUUGAUUGGGUUUAUAAUAUCCUGGGAUUUGUUGCAGUGGACUUCUUCCAUCUGUAGAUGAUAGGCAGUUGAACAUAACUAUUGAUAAUUAUGAUUGGAAAAUUUAGGAAAAACUGAGGAAUGUGAACUGGUUGGGGAGAUUAAGUGGAGUGAAUUAUGGGCAAGACAGAAAGGUUUUUGAGCUAACUUUUCAAAUAAAAAUUUCAUUUUAGAACAGUUUUAGAUUUACAGAAAAAUUGUGAAUAUUGUACAGAGAGUUUUCCUUUACCCCACAUCCAGUUUUCCCUGUUAUUAACAUCUUUCAUUAGUAUGGAACAUUUGUUAUAAUUAGUGAAAUAAUAUUUAUAUGUUAUUAUUAACUAAAGUCCAAACUUUAUUCAGGUUUCCUUAAUUUUUACCUAAUAUUCUUUUUCUGUUCCAGCAUCCCAUUCAAGAUAUUACAUCACAUUAAUACUCAUAUACCCUUAGGCUUCUCUUGGUUUUGACAGUUUCUCAGAUUUUCCUUGUUUCCUAUCACAUUGAGUUUUGAGGAGUAUGUCCCUCAGUUGAGAUUUGUCUGAUGUUUUUAUCAUGAUUAAACUGAAGUUAUGGGUUUUGGGGAGAAAGACCAUAGAGGUAAAAUGCUAUUUUCAUCACAUCAUAGUAACAUGAUUUAUAUCCUUGAUGUUAAGCUUGAUCACCUGGCUGAAACAGUGUUUGUCAGCUUUCCCCUCUGUACUCUCCACUGCCCCUCCCGCCCCCCCUCACAUUCCAUACUGUACUUCGUGGAAUGAAGUCAUUAUGUGCAACCCACACAUAAGGAGUGGUGAAUUAUGCACCACAUCCUUGAGUAUGAAUAUCUACAAAAAUUAUUUGGAAUUAUGCGUGGGAGAUUUGUCUCUUCCUCAUUUAUUUAUUUAUCCAGUCAUUUACAUGUGU